AUGUCUGACCGACACACUCUCACUGAUGAUGACGCGCUCUGUGCUCCUGGAACCGUCCGCCUUGAAGACUGGCACCAAGAUUAUCCUGCAUCCGCCACCCUCGUCCGAUCCCAACGAUCCCCCUGGCGCAAGGCCACCAACGUCCUCCUCGCCUCCUUUUACGUGCUCUUGACCUUUGCGCAGCUCGACAUUCCCUUUACCGCCUGGAGCCAGUAUGAGCAGCAGCUCGGCUUCUCCCCCGGCGUGCUGAACAGCGGCGCCGCCUUUAACCACACGGGCCUGGCCAUUGGCUGCUUCUUCCUCGUCCCGCUGGUGCACAAGUACGGCUGGCGUCCGCUCUACCUCGUCAGCAUCCUCAUCUAG